AUGGCCUGCUUUCCGGGUGGGGCUGUUAGUGGUGGUGGUGUUGAAAGGGGUGGAGGAGGUGGAGGUGGAGGUGGCGUAACUGGUGAUGGUGGUGAAAGGGGUAGAGGAGGUGCAGGUAAUGCUAUUCCAGCUGCAGCAUUGCUUGUAGGUGUUUAUCAACUUCCUUGUAUCAUAAAAUUGCGACAUGGAAUUGCCACUGAGAUUAAUGAUAUCAAACGAUCACUUGCCGAAAUUCAACGAAGAGGAGGUAUCUACAACUUCAAGUACAUAGAUCAGGGGUCAGGCAAUGGAGGGGGAAAUGUUAUACGUCAUGACUCUAGAGUUGAUUCCAUUUUCAUUGAAGACGUUGAAGUUGUGGGUAUUGAUUUUGCUAAAGAAAAAUUGAUUGAUUUAUUAGUGAAAGGAAUAUCCAAUAUUCGCUCAGUGAUUGCGAUGGUGGGCGAAGGAGGACUAGGUAAAACUAUUCUUGUCGGGAAAAUUUAUAACAACGAUGCGGUGAAAAAGCAUUUUCAUUGCCAAGCUUGGCUCACAGUUGGGAAAGAAUACUUGAAGAAAGAUUUACUAAGGAAAAUUUUACGAGAACUUUAUCGUUCAACAAGGUCCAUUCUAAUGGAGGCAGACGAAAUGGAAGAGAAUGAUGUUAUCAUGAAGUUGUGGGAACACUUAAAGGACAAGUGUUACAUGAUUGUGUUUGAUGACGUGUGGAAAAUUGAAUUUUGGAGAGAUGUAGAGCAUGCUUUACUUGAUAACAAAAAAAAAAAAAACAGUAGAGUAAUGCUAACGACACGGAAUAAUACAGUUGCUGAAUUCGUACCAUUCUCAAUAGCUCAUAUUCACAAGCUUGAACCCUUGUCUUCAGAGGAGGGAUGGAAACUUUUUUGUAGAAAGGCAUUUGGCUCUGACGACUCUGGUCCUCCAAACUUGAAAGAAUUAUCAAAACAUAUCAUUGGAAAAUGCGGAGGUCUACCCCUAGCAAUUGUUGCGAUAGGUGGGCUUCUCUCCAAAAAAAACAAGAUUGCUUCUGAAUGGAGAAAUAUGCUUGAUGCUUUGGGCUCAAAAUUAAGCAGUGAUUUGUAUCUUAAGGAUUGCAACAAAAUUUUGUCUAAAGGUUAUUAUGAUCUCUCUCACCAUCUAAAGUCAUGUCUCCUAUACUUUGGUGUGUUUCCAGAAGGGUGCGAAAUUAGAUCUGGGAGAUUAAUUCGCCUCUGGAUAGCUGAAGGCUUUGUCCAAUGCAACAACCACCUGACAUCUGAGCUUGUUGCUAAAGAAUACUUGAAAGAACUUAUUGACAGAAGUUUGGUUCAAGUUUCAAAGAGAAAAGCUUUUGGACGAGCUAAAAGUUGUAGAGUUCAUGAUUUGAUGUACGAGACCAUUCGUAGAAAGAUGAAGGAAUGUGAUUUUUGUCGGUUCUUUGAUGAAAAAAACCUGAGUCAUUUUAGUAAAACUCGACGUAUUUCAAUAGACAAAUGCACUAAUGGUGUUUUAGAGAGUAUAAAAAAUUCAAAGAUUCAUUCCAUUUGUCUUUUCAAUGUAAACAAAUUACCCGAGUCUUUUAUGACUACAAUUGUUGCUGAUUUCAAGCUCUUAAAGAUACUUGAUUUUGAAAAUGCCCUUUUGGAUUGUCUUCCUGAUGGAGUGGGAAAGCUCUUCCAUUUGCGCUAA